UCAGUGUUUUAUUCUGGACAUAAUGUAUACCUGAAAGUUGGCACAUUUUGACAGAUGAAUUUUAUUAGGCUACUAAAUUCUAAGUAAUUACAAUCUGAAGUAAUAUGAAUAUCAUAAAUUAAUGGGUACAGUACAAGUAAUUUUAAUUCCACACGUAAAUAUCAGUAUAGUGUUAAAUACCAUUAUGAAGUAAUAGUUUGGACUAAUAAUAUAUUGAAAAGAGUGAUAGUGUCAGAUAACACGUAAAUUGAAGGUUGUUGUAAAUAUUUAACAAAAAAAUGUUAAUUAAUAACCUUAGUUUAAAUUAGGUAUAGAUAAUGACAUUAUAGAUUUGCUGAGUAGUAUUAGAGAAUGUUAUUGAGAUAUAUUUACUAAUUUUUUUUUCAUAUAUUUCAUAAGAAAAAAUAUAUAGCUCCAGAAGAGGACGUCCGAUUGUCUUUUAAUUACUUUUUUGAACUUACUAAUAAAACGUUUUUCAUUACUUGCACUGUAUAAAUGUGACUAAUGCUGAUGCUAUACUUUACAUAAUCUGUUUUAAUUGAUUACAAAAAAAUAUAUAUUUAUACUAUUAUAAAUUUAUGGGAUUAAAUAUAAUGAAAGAAUGUUGUAUAUAGAGGUUAUAUGUUCAAAGUUUUAAAUAUGAAAAUUCAAAACACAAAUACUAUGAGAGUCCAGUGAACAAUUAAAUAUAGUUUUCAAUGGGAAUUGGUUAAAUAAUGACCACAAUUAAUUUUAAAGAACUCCGGACCCAAAAUAGAAAAUCACAGAUAGGAUAUUAAAAUAAUAUAUUUCUAAAAUAAAAGUGGAAAUCACAUUCCAAUGAUACUAAACAUAGAAAUAUUAUAGAUAGAGCAGAAGACCUAUAGUUCAGAGUUGUCUGACUCGGAUGUAUAUUUUGAAUUAGAAGAUGAUGAUAACCUAAUUUUCUUUAUUUGUAAAUAUGUAAAACUUCUAUAUGGACAGUUUAAACGGGAAGGAAUGGCGCACUAUUAAGGUGUCGACAAUAUACUAUUUUCUCUCUCGUUACAGAUAACUCGUACAGUUUGCGCAUGCUUGAAAAUGCGCAGAACCGAGCUGGAGCCUCGGAGGAUAGAGAAAGAGUCAUCAUUCUGUCUUCCUUAGUCGAAACAGCUUCCACUUAUAGAAACUAUCCAUUGGAAGUAUUACAUAUAUGUAAUUUCAUAGUUUCUUCCUUUUUCCCAUGACAAUUCCAUAGAGUGGGCAUCAAAAUAAGGUCAUAGAAAAGUAAAAUAUUUGACGCGUUGAUCAAAUGUUUAUACACGAGUUUGAAACCUGUUUUGAAUUGCUGCAAUAUAGAUGAGUUGGGGCUUCCUUCGGAAAAUUUAAAUAAUACAUAUUAAACUCCACAAGCUGUUUGGCCCGUCGAGCCAUUUAUUUUCGGUCUCAUUAUUUUCAAUUAUAAAUUUCAUCGUCUCACAAAAAUAAAUGAGCCCAAUUCUAAAAUAUACCAAAAUCUACAUGAUGUACCUAUUUCCAUCAAUAAAGUCACAUAUCGAGCUUAACUUUCUCUUUUCGCCACCUCUAUUCUAUUUAUAUUUCUAUGGUACCAAUGCUAAUACAGUAUGUGAUGUUACAUAGAUUUCUUCUUUUUUAAGCGUAACUUAAUACUGGAAAAAGAAGUACUGUUUUCUUCUAUUUGGCUUGAUAUGAGUAAUUGUAAACAAUAUUUUUAAUUGAGUGUAUUGCUAUUAUUAAGUGCUUAUAUUUGAGAUGAAGAAAAAAUCUCCUUUGAAUAAGUAGCUCUGGGUGAUUAUUACUGGCAAUAAAAAUUUUAUACUUCUGGAUUUUUGAUCGUAUUUUAAUUGUUACGACACUUUAAAUCAUGGGGAAUAGUUUCUACUAACCAGAAAACUAAACGAAAUAUGCUAUUUUUGAAUCAUUUAAAGAUUAUAAAGCAAAAUUCUCAAAAAAAGGGAUGUCCUUCACUACUGUAAACAAAUCAGUAUAAACUAACUACAGUUACUGUAAAGAAAACUAAAAAUAUUAUGUCACUAGGUCAGCUGGAAAAUCAAAAUCCAAACGUAUAUAAAAAAAGUGAUGAGAGAACAGCUACCGUGAAUGAAGAAGAUGAUACAAUUGUUGACGAAUUUGACCAAAGAGAAAUAUUUGAUUUGAUCCGAGAUAUCAACGAUCCAGAACAUCCAUUAUCAUUGGAACAAUUACAUGUCGUACAAGAGAAUCUGAUUAAAAUUGAUAAUGGAAAGAAUUCGUUGCUCAUCAAUUUUACGCCAACUAUUCCUCAUUGUAGUAUGGCCACUCUUAUAGGACUUUCUAUUAGAGUGAAACUACUUCGUUGUUUACCAGCAAGAUUUAAAGUGAAAGUGGAAGUAACACCUGGAACUCACAACGCUGAACAUCAAGUUAAUAAACAGCUAGCAGAUAAAGAAAGGGUUGCAGCUGCUUUAGAAAACAAUCAUCUUAUUAAAGUUAUUAAUCAGUGUAUUGUAUCAAAAAGAAGAGCUUGAAAAUGAACACUAACAACAUUUACCUAACAUCCCCAUGUAACAUGGCAACUGCUUACAGCAAAUGCGCUAGAUAUAUGAGAAAAAUCUUUAAAUUCAAUCAAAUGGACUUUGAGUUUGCUUUGUGGCAAAUGUUUUAUCUAUUUGCAAAUCCACAAAAACUGAUUAAGUUGUUUAGGGCAAGAAAAUUAGCCAAAUCACAGUACGCAAGAGAUGAUCCAGCAUUUUUAGUUCUUUUUGCAGGCGCUCUUAGUAUAACAUCUAUAGCUUUUUCUAUCGUACUAAGAUUAUCUUUUUUUCAGUUCCUCCAAUGUCUUUUGGUUGUUAUCUUUAUAGAUUGUAUUAUAUUUGGUAUGAUCGUCGCUACUUUAUUCUGGUACUUAACUAAUACUUUUCUGAAACCAAAAAGUAACCCUGAGGAUGUCGAAUGGGGGUUUUGUUUUGAUAUACAUUUAAAUGCUUUCUUUCCUCCUUUAAUAUUGCUUCAUUUUGUUCAGUUGUUUUUCUAUAAUGGAAUCAUUAGUCAUGACUGGACGAUAUCUAUUGUUUUGGGUAACACCUUUUGGUUAUGCUCUUGUCUUUAUUAUUUUUACAUUACUUUUUUAGGUUACAACUCAUUACAGAUAUUGAAUAACACGAGAUAUUUCUUAUUGCCUGUACCGUGGAUUGUAUGCUUUUAUGUUAUUAGUUUGUUAAUGCAGUGGAAUAUAACUCAUAAUCUAAUGAACUUUUAUAGAGAUUUGUAUAAUCUUAAGUAAACUGUAAACUAUAUGUACAUAAUUAAUAUAUCAUUUAAAGUAAUAAUAAAUAUACUAAUUGAUGUACAAUAAAAUUAGUUUGCUAGUA